AUGAACAUGCUCCAGGACUCGAAAAGUGUCAACUCACCCGACGACAAGAAGAAGCCGAAAACGCCUUUGCGCAAGGACGAGCUUGAGAAAAUCGCCCAGGAGUUGAAGAAAAAGCUAGCACGCGCGUCUGUGGCUGCAAAACAGCUGCUUGGAUCCGGGAGGUCGGGCCCUCCGGACUCUCCCGUCUCGCUGACGCUGUUCCCGAAAUCGAGCCCCUUGAAGAACUACUACAUGUGGAAACGGCAGAUUGCCUCGUCGGGCGCGUCUCUUGGCCUGCUGCCAAACUUGAUUUCGCCCCAGCAUGCGCCAUUGGCCAGCCUGCCCACAGGCGAAACCGACGAUGAACAAUCGCCUACGAAAAAACGCCGAGCAGAGCCGCAGAUGGUGUUGCGCGAGCUCCCGCGACCACUGACGCCGGGGAAAAGCGCUGUUCCUGCUGAAAAUAGCCUGGGCUCGCCAGACGCGGCUGCUGUUCCUCAGGUGAAAGUCACCACACCCACUUUGGCCAAGAAACAGCUCAAUCUUCUCAAGACGCCGACUCAGCCGCGACGCGAGAGCUUUAGCGGUGGUGGAGCCGAUACAGAAGGAGCCGAUUUGCUCAUGUAUUUGGCCACGUCACCUUCUCCUGCCAAACCUUUUGCAACUCCUAGGGCUGCAACUGCAUCGCAGGCGCCCCAAUCCAAACCAGGACAAUUUGUGGCACCCAUGACGCCGAAAAGAGCCGGAACAACGCUGGCGAAAACCCCGCAGAACCGGUUCACUCCUGCCCUCUACGGAAAUGUGGUUCCGGGCAGCGCUUUGCCCCUGGCUGGGCUUGCCUUGACUCCUGCCGGGUUCAACAUGAGCGACUACGUUAAUUUCUUCACACCUUCGCCGUCUGGGUCUGCGGCAGCACGAAACUUGAUGAAAACACCCGAUUUCCACAACGCCGCUCUGCUGCUGAAGCUGGUGGAUGGUAAAAUGAUCAAUUUCGACAAGGUGGGGCUCUUUGGACCCAAAGAGUGA